AUGGCCCCCAAGCGAGUCCAGUCCCCAUCAGGCGUCCUUCCCCUUCUCCUCAUCGCAUCUAUCGUCGUCCGCAGCACUUGCGCCGCCGAUCCUGGAUUCAAUACUCAGUACGCCACGUUCAAAGGUAGUAUUUUGGAGUCCCCGACGACCGCUGCGACCGUGACUCGCCCAUCGUCUAGGAAGCUCGGAAUUCUCCCGUUCCCCGGCUUUCUCAAGUGUGCGCUGGUGGCAUAUCUGAACGCAGGCAAUGUGCAGUCAAUCCUCGGAGGGGAUCCCGGUGCGGACGGCGUGGCACUCAUUCAAGUGUACAGGUACAACGGACAAACGAAUGUGAACAUUCGCUUGCGAGCGCAUGCUCUCUCCUCCUCCCCCAUCGCCCAGACCGUCAACAAGGCCUACUCAGGCAGCAACGGCCCGCCCGUGUGGGUGGUGUCAGGGCAGUGGUCGCGAGACAACAGCAACGACGUAUACACCCUGCAGAAGUGGUACUAUGAGGCUAAUAAGAAGUACCCCCCUGGGUCUACUAGUUCUGUGUAUUCUAUUGUGAGGGCGAUGGCGGACGAUCCGAGGCGGUACUAUGCGGUGGUGAGCUCUGUGACGCGGCCGCUGGGGGCGAUCAGGGGGCAGUUCAGGCGGACUUUGCCGUUUCUGCUGUAUCCUUGGAACCCGUGCUAG